AUUCCAAGGACUUGGGAAGUGGGACUGUACAUUCAUAAUCACGGACAAGUGCUUUUAGGAUAUGAGUGACAUGUUAUGAUAUAAGCAUUGUUCUCUUACAACAGGUAAAAAGGACACACUAACUAAAGCUAGCUCGCAUGACCUUCGCGAUGAAACAUGCGGAGAUUCCGCCCCUAUCAGAGAGGUUUCAGACGACGUUCAAGAGCUUGGCAAUGACUGACCCAGAUGCUCUCCGGUCUGGGUCCAGUAACUCCGCCUCCACUAACUCCGCCUCCACCGCCAGUACCUCGCCAAACGAUUACCAUGAACUACACUGCUACGGAUACAUCAGUGACGUCAUCAGUGACGUCAGCACGCCGCCAACGAAGGUUUGCAAGGUCAACACGAGCACGCCUCGAAACUUUAUGCAACAACCUGUGGAUUUAAAUAACACUGGAACAAAGAGGCUACCAGAUUUGAAUCGUGUACCUUGGAGUCUGUCCGAUUUAACCAAAGCUCUCCAUAACGGACGGACAAAACAUUUAAAGGCGAGGAUAGCGCCACCUUUAGUGAACAGACUAGGUUACCUCAUGCAGCGCCCUCUUGUGAGACUAGCGAGAGAAGCGCAGAGGUUAUCUCACCAAUAUAACAAAUGCACAAAGCAUGAAAUCAAAUCAAGUGUGCGGAUUAUUUUGUCAAACGAAUUAGCGGAAUCUUGUACGAACGCUUGUUUCAAAGCAGCAACAUUGUUCGGUUUAAGUGGUAACAGUGUUAAAGAGAGUUGGAGUAAGCGCUGUGGCCUGUCGCUGAACGUUGGCAAGUUCCAUCGAUGGAUGAUCGAGGCACAGGUGGCGCUGUAUGUUGAACACUACGCCUCGAUAUGGCUUUGCGCAUGCGUGGAGAAUCUCCUGGAAGAAUUGGUGCUGAUGACGCUUGGCCACGAUUUGGCCGAGUCCAUCCCUGGAAUCGAAGCAGUAGAUUUCGGAAUAACGUUAUAUCCUGAGUUAUGGGGGCUGUUUCAGCCAUACGAACAUCUCAUAUGCGGUCGGCUACCAUCAGGAACGUUAGCUUUACCAAAAGGCGAGACCUUGACCCGCACUGGCUCUAUCGGUGAAGGUCACAGCAAAGGUCACACUCUGACCCGCAAACAUGGAAAGGUCAAGGUCGAUCAAACGACGGAGCAGAUGUUGUUGGCCACGUGUGUUGGGAGUGUGGCGGAGUUAGGUCGACUUGUCAAGGAAAGCAUGCAGCAUCUGUCCGAGAUAUCAACCUCGCAGAAACAGGACCUGAUCAUGUGGAGUCCGGAGUCGAUUCACACACUUUACUAUUACCUCCAGUGCCCCGAGCUCAUACAGUCCUCGAAUCCAACCAAGGCGCCGGCAGGAGUCAACCUGGUAGCAGAAAGACCUUACCCCCUUCUACCACCCUUGGUCGAGUGGUUACGGGUUACGGUGGCAUUCUCAAAUUACCACCAGAGAAAGGUGGUGGAUCCUCGUGACGUCAUUCAGGCGGCGAGGGUCAUCUUGCCUGGGUACGAUUGCCCUCCGCCAUAUCAGAGGUUACCCUUACCUGGUAUGGAAUUCAAACUUGCUAAUGGUAAGAAGACUGGAUUCAACGCUGUGGACGAUGAGGGCCUGACGCCGCUGAUGCAUGCCUGUCUCCGAGGCGAUGAAGACACGGCAAUGCUGCUAUCAGAUUUGGGGGUGAACUGUGAUGUCCAGAUUCCAUUAGAACAACAUGUCUACCCCGACAUCCACCCUGGUGUCCGGGGUUGGACGGCGCUCACAUGUGCUACAGCUCACGGCCACAUGGCCAUUGUUGAGUCAUUACUAUCUUACGGUGCUAACGUCGACGGUUGUCCAGGCUCAGGGGACGGGAAUAAUGUGGAUACACCCCUCCAAGUGGCAGCAGCCAUUGGCCAUGGACCAAUCGUGAGCUUGCUGCUGUCGAAAGGGGCUGAUCCAUACCUUCAGACAGUGAGCUCAAACAGAAUCACAAGCAAUAAUGCGCGGGUGCCCUACACAGCCUUCUCAUUGGCUGCCUCUCACGGAAACAAAGAUAUCAUCCAGCAGUUACUGUCGCAGCCUAUCCUACCCAAGUCGACGGAUAUCCUGUCGUUAGAGGAGAUUCUCGCAGAGAGCAGCAUGAGCGACCAGUGCAAACCUUAUGCUGUCACUGAUAUUACUUGCACGUAUGAAACCCCGAGAAUUUUCGAUGAUGACCACACGUAUGUUUCCAUUGAGGAGCUGACCAGCAUGGAUCGGAGUAUGAGAUCCAAGAUGAGCUACCAGCCCAUGAUGCCGCCAAACCUCACCAAGUUACAGGGAAAAGCCUUACAUGAGGCCUUCUACUGCAGCGCGCAGAAUGGACACUUGGAUAUAACGUUAGAGUUGAGAUCAGCGGGUGUCCCAUGGACAAUGCACACGUGGUACCAGAGUGUCAUGGCGGCCCACGCGCUGACCAGGAAAGCCAUUCUGCACUGCCUUCUCAAGGACUUCAACCUCAUCCCAGAGGACCCCUCCGAGGAAUUCCUGGACGAAUGUCUGCCUUUGUUGUUCACAAUCUUCAGGAAGAGUAAGAAUGAAGCUGCCAGUCAUCUUCUGGCCAGCAUUUUUAGCCAGCUCCUGUCAAAACAGCCGAUGCCGGCGAUAGCGGAGCUGAAUCAGCGAGUGGCUGCCGGAAUAGAUUCGACCUACGUGAAUAACCCCUCCAUGGCCGAUGUCCAGUUCGUCAUUGAAGGCAGGCUAUUCUACGCCCACAAGAUCAUCCUGGUCAGCGCAUCAGCCAAGUUUAAGACAAUCCUAGCGAAUUCUAGCCAGCUUACAGAAGGUUCCCUCCCCUGUAUUGAGAUUAAAGAUAUGAAGUAUAAAACAUUUGAGAUGGUGAUGCAGUUUCUUUACAAAGGCAACGAAAUACACCCGGAGACCGAUCCACUGGAGUUACUUGAGUUACUUGCGGCCGCGAAUUUCUUCCAAUUGGAUGCUCUUCACCGUCACUGCGAGGUUCUGUGCGCUCAGAGGAUGAACUACAUGAACUGUCUUACUAUAUUCAGGCAUGCAAAGCUUCUUCAAGCUACUGCCCUAGAGAACUACUGCCAAACCUACUUCAUCAAGGAGUUUCCGGACCUGUUAAAGGUGAACGCAAGCUUCAAGAAGACUGUCUUCAGUGCAAGGCAAACCAGCGCGGAAUUCGUUGACCUUAUCUGCAAGAAAAUAGCGAGUAUUUUGCGGGAUAGCCUGGAGGCGAAACGAAAGAAGUAA